AUGGUCAACGGCCAUAUUGCCCCACCGUCUCAUACAUCACAUCGCGUUCAAGAUGGGCGCCUUCGCCUCUCGUGCUUCUCGCCCGUCAGAUACACUCUCGUCUUCCACGCCGAACCGCAGUUCGUGGACACGGUCAAGCAGGCCGUCUUCGCUGCUGGCGCCGGCCGCUAUCCCAACUACAGCGAAUGUUGCUGGACCGCCAACGGCACCGGCCAGUUUCGACCAGUCGGCGCUGCCAACCCACAUACCGGCGAGGUUGGCGUCCUAGAAAAGAUUGAAGAGCUGAGAGUCGAAAUGUUGUGUGAUAGCGAGGAGACGGCCAGGAAAGCUGUCGAAGCUCUCAAGAAAGCACACCCCUACGAGGAGCCAUCAUAUGCCGUUUAUAAGCUGGAGGAUUUCUGA